UAUUUUAGUCAAAAAAGUCAAGUCGCAGAGGACAGCACGAAAUGGAACUGUUCGGUUUUGCUGCAAAGUUAUGGCUGAGGGGUAUUUUGGUUGUCGCAACAAUUGAAACACUGAAUGCAAGCACAGAAUGCUUUAUGAAAUUGGAUGACGGACCAUGUAGGGCUUCAAUACCCAAGUGGUUUUACAACCACACUGCACGCGAAUGCCAAAAUUUCACCUACGGUGGAUGUGAGGGAAAUGGAAAUAACUUUGACACUAAGCAGCAAUGUCAAAAAUUAUGUCAAGCGGAAGACUUCAAAAUCGUCUUCAGACCAGUAGGGAUACUUGUCAUCCGCACUGCAACUAACGGAAUCCUGCUCCAAACCCUCUGCAGUCUCACCACCAUCGACUACGCACCGCCCGCACCGCUGGCCACGCAUCAAACCGUACAACAACUCACUGUCAGCAACCCAUCUCAGUCAAGCGCCCGUCUCUACCUUCAUGAUGUCGCUUCUCAAACCCUCGUGGCUCGCCGAAUCACCCUCAUUAGGCUCUGUGAUUCUCAGGCCACACAAAAGAAGCGCUACGAAAUGCAGCAUUGUGAUGACGACUACCUCCCUGAAUCUCGCAUCCGGCUCUGGAUUCUGCAUCGUCACAAAGGUAAUCAAACUUCAGAGAAGCUCCCACCAAAUAAGACCUGCCAUCUGAAAAAGCUUGUGGGAAAUUGCAGAGCGGCGUUUCCAAGGUGGUAUUUUGAUAAGAAUAAAGGCAAGUGCGUCAAGUUCAUUUACGGUGGAUGCGGUGGGAACCAAAACAACUUCUAUACUCGCUGGAAAUGUGAAGAUUUUUGCGAAG